GUCGCUUUCAGUUACUUGCAGCCCGGGCUCAGCGUAGCUUUUCGUGCCGCCUUGCAAUUUCACAAAGGAGUUCUACGGGACCUGCAUGAUUCACCAACAGCACUCCCUUACAACUGAAAAGGACCGAAAUGAGAAUUUUACUUUAGUUUCAUUAAUUUAACUUAUUAUUAUUAUUAUUUAGUUUUCAUUUGUUAUCAUUAUUUUAUCCAUUUUUUAGAGUCUCAGUUGCAGAUAAUUUGCAGCUUGCAUAGGGAAUAUACAGAAUCACUAUUUUUUCUGCUGCUACUCUCGGAGAACGCGUGCAGUUGGAUUGAUACCACUUUACUUGGCAAUCGCUGGACAAAACCGCGGAUUAUUGUGUUCACAUGUAUCUGGCAUCGAGGGAAAGGACAUCGACAGUGGCGUGGGUCGCCCUGCUCUGAGGAAUGUACCUCCUUCGGAUCGGAUGGCUGAGGAAAAUUAACACGGUCUCAUCCGAAUGAGAGACUGCCGCACGACCCGGUUUUCCCCUGUUCUGCUCUUGCUUUCUGAAGGUUUGGAGCUCUCCCGGUGCUUGGGAUAUUUGCGCGCUCCGUAAGAGCGGUCGCUUUUUGGCCGUGGCGGGACUGAUUAAACCCGUUUCUUCUUUGGGAAUUUAAUUGAAAAAUUAUUCCUCUGCGUCGGAUUACAGAGUUUUGCUCCGUGUAUUGUCGCAUUUACGCUCGUUGGCGAUACGAAUUAUAAUAAUAACAAAAUAUAUAUUUAAUAUCCCACAUUUUGUGACCCACCGUGGUGGAUGCAAUAAUGGGGGAGUCGCUGUGGAGAUACUGUUUCGGAGUUUUCUUCCUUGUGUGCAAGGUGAACCUGUCCCGUGCGCUCAUUUUAGAGUCCAUCUACUGGAAUACAACAAACACCAAAUUCGCCCCGGGACAGGGGCUGGUGUUGUACCCCCAGAUCGGGGAUAAGAUGGACAUUGUGUGCCCGCGGGUGGAUGGCGGGGUGGGGGAGGGGGUGGAGUAUUACAAGCUGUACAUGGUGCAGCGGGCGCAGCUGGAGAGCUGCACCAUCACCAAAGCGGACACGCCCCUGCUCAACUGCGUCAAGCCCGACCAGGACGUCAAGUUCACCCUCAAGUUCCAGGAGUUCAGCCCCAACCUGUGGGGCUUGGAGUUCUUCAGAGGGCGGGACUAUUACAUCAUCUCUACUUCUAAUGGCACAAUGGAGGGGCUGGAGAACCAGGAGGGAGGAGUCUGCAAGACCAAGUCUAUGAAGAUAGUCAUGAAAGUGGGACAGAGCCCUUCUGCUGAUCCCAUAUCACCCAAAGACUACCCCACCGGGUACCCCCCCAAGCACCCGGAGGGAGGGGUGAAGGACUCCAUCAAUAAACAAAACGACGCGGGCGACAAGCACGACGCGUCCCAGAGGGAGGCGGAGUCGGACGGGAAGGGCGGCAAGCCGUCCAGCAUCAUCGGCUCGGAGGUGGCGCUGUUCGCCGGGAUCGCCUCGGGCAGCGUGAUCUUCAUCGUCAUCAUCGUCAUGCUGGUCCUCCUCCUGCUGAAGUACCGGCGGCGGCACCGCAAGCACUCGCCCCAGCACGCGGCCGGGCUGUCGCUCAGCACGCUGGCCACGCCCAAGCGCGGCGGCGGCGGCGGCGGCGGCAACAACAACGGCUCGGAGCCCAGCGACAUCAUCAUCCCGCUCAGGACUGCAGACAGCGUCUUCUGCCCGCACUACGAGAAGGUGAGCGGGGACUACGGGCACCCCGUCUACAUCGUGCAGGAGAUGCCCCCCCAGAGCCCCGCCAACAUCUACUACAAGGUCUGAACUGGGCGAAACCCGGCGGGGGGUGCCGCACUGGCCAGCGAUGUCCUCGGCUGUUCUGUUAUUUUUUAUUAUCGUUAUUAUUAUUAUUGUUAUUAUAAUUGUUAUCGUUGUUAUUACGGAUCUCCUUACAACCGCAGUUGGUGGGAUCCCAGCGGACUCCUUGGAAAGGUGCUGUGUGCGCGUGUGUUUGUGUGCGUGUGUGUGUGUGUGCGCGCGUUUCGGGAUGGGGUGCUCUCCGCGUUUUGGGGGCGGGGCUCCGUGCUGGUCCACUGCGGCGGAUUCGGCCCGCCGCGCCGGGGGCGGGUGCGGGCUCCACGGAAACCCCCUGAUUGAGGGGUGAGGAGUGGGGGGGGGGGGGGG